AUGAAAGACCCACGGGCGUCGAAGAGGCGGAAAGUCUCGGAAGAACUUGGCCAGGAUGAAGAUGGAGACAUUGCGAUGGAAAGCGACAGUGGAGAUGUCUAUUCGAUUCCAUCAUCACCAACCGGCCGAACGCCUGGUGCUGACGGCGAACUUUCCACUCGUUCGAAACAAACAUCCCGACGGCGAUCUACCCGAGGCGGAGCUGCAUACGCACCAGAAGCGGAGGAUGAAGAUGAAUCGAACGAGGGACAAGUCACAGAAACGCCUUCGAGAGCGGGCGUCCGCUCAAGUGGACGACAGCGAAAAGUACCACAAAGAUACGAGGAGGACGCCGCCACACCAUCGUCGAGCCGAAAGCCAGGUACCACACCUUCGAGGAAUAGCCGCGCGACAAGAAGCGCACAGAAGCCAAGACGGGACUCGAUUGUGGAUGAUGCCGAGAUGGAUGUCGAUUACGAACCUUCGCAACCUCAAACCGGCUCGAUCACGAGGACCAGAUCCAGGAAGAGUACACCGAAGCCCAGAUCGAACGGCGCGAGCAAUGGGAAUGUCUCUCAGGAUUCUCACAAGGACCAAUCUCCUUCGCCGGAGUACAAUGACGGCCUUGACGACCUAGUGGCAAUCCAGCUCCAGCAAGAUCUUUACCAGAACCAGCCCGAGACGCAAGAAGCAGUAGAGACACUUGAACCAUCUCCGGACUAUGUUCAACGCCUUCAGGAAUUGUCCCAUGGUCUUGACGACCAAGCACGCGUGCUUACAACUGCCAUCCUCGAGAAGCUAUCUGGGAAACGGCAAGUUCCACUUCGAGGGCUGGAGAGUGAAUAUCACAAAGCCCAUCACCUCGUCGAGCAGACGGUCACAUCUGGCGAGGGCAACUCCAUGCUUCUGCUUGGAUCAAGAGGGUGUGGGAAAUCUGCCAUUGUGGAAACGAUCAUUUCUUCUCUCGCCAGGGAGCACGGUAACGAUUUUCACGUUGUCCGUCUGAAUGGCUUUUUGCAUACAGAUGAUCGUCUGGCUUUGCGGGAGAUGUGGCGCCAGCUUGGUCGGGAGACCCAUACUGAGGAUGAUGCGGCCAAGGUCAACUCCUAUGCUGAUACAAUGGCAACCCUCCUGGCACUGCUGUCGCACCCGGAAGAGCUAUUUGGGGCCUCGGGGAACGGGGGGCAGUGA